AUGGAAAACACUGACAGUGAAAGCGUCCCUCCUGAGGCGGCACAAGAGGCUCCUCCCUCAACAGAAGAGGCAGACCUUUCGCAAGAUGUGGCCCCGCCCCCUCCGGAAGAAGAGGCCCCGCCCCCUCCAGGAGAGGAGGCUGGUGCAGAAUUCCCUCUUCCCGCGGAAGGUACUGACUUUCGGAACCUCAUUCCUAGCGAAGAAGAGGAAAUUCUUCCAGAAGAGAAGGCGCUAGAUAGACAUCGAGCUAGGCCCCAGCCGCGCCCUGCUCAAUCAGUGCUCUCUGAAAUGCUUUCUUUGUCUCCUCGUCGAUCGUCUAAAUAUCGCCGAAGUAUGAGUGGUAUUCCAAAUCUUCAGGAAACAUUAAAAGAGAAACAGGCAAGAUUUAGAGAUGCAAGGGAAAACCGAAAGCUGAAAAUUGACCCUUCAUACAAAUAUAUAUUUGAAAUUCUGUCAGAAAAGCUUGGCCUGGACAUAGGAUCUGUUGAAGAAUUAAUUUUGGAUUGCCCAUCUCUGGAAGCGUUUGCUAAUUUUUUUGGGAAAGAUGGUUGUAAGACAUUGAAAAUUUUCUACCAGGAAGGAGACGUGCCUGGUGUCGAAUGCGGUCGGACCAUUCCUGGAGUAACCAAAGGGUCAAAAAUGAUGAGAUUGUAUAUAGACAACGCGGCCCCAGAGAAACUAAAAGGACUGUGUGUGUUUUUUGUUCGUUGUCGUAAUGAUGUUGCUAUCAAUGUUAAAAGUGUUAAUGAGGACGUGCUAUUUACUGUUCUGGAUGCAUCAGAAGGACUCUUAAAAGGGAUUAGGAAUAUGCUGGCAAGUAUAUUUCUACCAGCUAUUCUUGCAACAAACAGUUGGGGUGCUUUAAACCAGUCCAAACAGGGAGAAUCUGAAAAAUAUAUUUUCACCGAAACUAUCAACAGAUACCUUUCAUUUUUAGAUGGUGCUACAGUGAGUAUUGAAGGGACAGUGAAGUUAAAGACUAUAGACCAUGUUGAUUUUUCCAAACUGCAUACCUUUGAAGAAGUGACUGCAGCAGCCAGCAAUUCAGAAACUGUUCAUCAGUUAGAGGAUGUGCUGAUGAUAUGGUAUAAACAGAUUGAACAGGUGCUUAUUGAGAGUGAGCAGAUGAGAAAAGAAGCUGAUGAUUCAGGGCCACUCACCGAAUUGGAACACUGGAAACGCAUGUCAGCGAAGUUCAACUAUAUCAUUGAACAGAUUAAAGGGCCAAGUUGUAAGGCUGUCAUCAAUGUGCUAAAUGUUGCACACUCCAAAUUGUUGAAGAAUUGGCGUGAUUUGGAUGCAAGAAUCACCGAUACAGCAAAUGAAUCUAAAGAUAAUGUCAGAUAUUUGUACACCCUGGAGAAAGUAUGUCAGCCUCUCUAUAACUAUGACCUAGUUUCCAUGGCACAUGGAAUACAAAAUUUGAUUAAUGCCAUCAGAAUGAUUCACGGUGUGUCAAGGUAUUAUAACACCUCCGAGAGAAUGACUUCAUUGUUUAUCAAGGUAACAAACCAAAUGGUGACAGCAUGUAAAGCAUAUAUUACUGAUGGAGGAUUAAGCCAUGUAUGGGAUCAGGAUACACCAGCUGUGCUAAAGAAAAUUCAGGAUUGCAUUUUUCUAUUCAAGGAAUACCAGGCAUCUUUUCACAAAACAAAGAAACAGAUUUUAGAAUCCUCAGGGGAAAAAUCUUUUGAAGUUUCAGAAAUGUAUAUAUUUGGAAAAUUUGAAGCUUUCUGUAAAAGGCUGGAAAAGAUUACAGAAAUGAUAACUGUUGUGCAAACAUAUUCAGCUUUGAGUAAUUCUACCAUAGAAGGAAUAGAUAUUAUGGCAAUAAAAUUCAAGAAUAUUUAUCAAGGAGUUAAGAAAAAGCAGUAUGAUAUUCUGGAUCCAAGAAGAACAGAAUUUGAUCACGAUUUCUUGGACUUCAUGUCAAAAAUCAAUGCUUUAGAGGUACAAAUACAGUCAUUUAUGAACAGUACUUUUGGAAAAAUCUCAUCUUCUCAGCAGGCUCUUCAGCUGCUUCAAAGAUUUCAGAAGCUGAACAUCCCCUGUCUUCAAUUAGAAAUAAACCAUACAAUUGAGCGUAUUCUUCAGUUUUACGUGGCUGAACUUGAUGCUACGAAGAAGCUUUAUCAUUCUCAAAAAGAUGACCCACCUCUCGCUCGCAACAUGCCCCCUAUAGCAGGAAAAAUCCUUUGGGUGAGGCAGCUCUAUCGCCGGAUCAGUGAGCCCAUCAACUAUUUCUUUAAAAACUCAGACAUUUUGUCAAGUGUGGAAGGUAAAGCUGUGAUCCGUCAGUAUAACAAGAUUGCCUAUGUGCUGGUGGAAUUCGAGGUGAUCUAUCACACAGCCUGGGUCAAGGAGAUUACCCAGUUACAUUAUGCUUUACAAGCCACGCUUUUUGUGAGACAUCCAGAAACAGGGAAGUUGCUGGUUAAUUUUGAUCCCAAAAUUUUGGAAGUUGUUCGAGAAACUAAGUGCAUGUUAAAAAUGAAGUUGGAUGUACCAGAAGAUGCAAAGAGAUUGCUAAAAUUGGAAAGUAAAUUGAAAGCAGACAAACUGUAUUUGCAGGGUCUUCUGCAGUAUUAUGAUGAGUUAUGUCAGGAGGUGCCUUCUGUGUUUGUCAAUCUGAUGACCCCUAAAAUGAAAAAGGUGGAAUCUGUGCUGAGGCAGGGGCUCGCCAUCUUGACCUGGUCAUCUUUAACCCUGGAGAGCUUCUUUCAAGAAGUUGAUUCAGUUUUGGAUAUGUUCAAUCAACUUUUAAAGACGAUCAAUGACUUGUGUGAAAUGCAUAUUGAUACUGUUCUAAAGGAGAUAGCCAAAACGGUGUUAAUUUCCCUGCCUGAAGGUGGCGCUACCAGAGUAGAAGAUAUGUUGACCCUCAAUGAGACAUAUACAAAAGAAUGGGCUGAUAUUCUAAACCAUAAAAGUAAGCAUGUGGAAGAAGCUGUCAAAGAACUUAUAUUAAUAUUUGAACAAAUUUAUGAAGUCAAGUACACUGGCAAAUCAGGAAAACAGGGACCAGAACAGCGGAAACAUGUUGCUUUUGGAAGUGAAACAGAAGACGGUGAAACUGACUAUGAUGCUAACAUUGGGAAUGAGGAUACAAAUGAUAAAGAAGAUGAGUUUAAAAAGGAAUGUAAAGAGGUCUAUGCUUUUUUCUCUCAUCAAUUACUGGACAGUCUUCAAAAAGCUACACGGUUAUCUUUGGACACAAUGAAAAGAAGAAUAUUUGUUACAAGCUCUUAUGGACGAAAGCGGUCAGAAGAUGUUAUUUCCUUUAUAAAAACCGAAGUACAUCUCGCAAUUCCCAACGUGGUGAUGGUUCCUAGUCUGGAUGAUAUUCAACAAGCCAUUAACCGUAUGAUCCAGCUAACCCUGGAGGUCAGUAGAGGGGUGGCCCACUGGGGGCAACAGCAGAUCCGUCGCAUCAAGUCUACCAUUGCCAGUCCCGAUGGGAUCCACACAAGCUCAGGAAAACUGAAGCGGGAAGAAAAAUCUUUUGAAGAAGUUAUUCCUGCAAGGAAGCUGAAGAAUUUCUACCCGGGUGUAGCAGAGCACAAGGAUAUUUCCAAGCUGGUCCUCCUCCUUUCUUCCUCUGUGAAUUCUUUAAGAAAGGCAGCACAUGAGGCCCUGCAGGACUUUCAGAAGUAUAAGACUCUCUGGACAGAGGACCGAGACGUGAAAGUGAAGGAGUUUUUGGCUAACAAUCCCUCUCUGACGGAAAUCAGAUCAGAAAUUCUACGCUAUGCUACUUUUGAACAGGAGAUUGAUGAGUUGAAGCCUAUUAUUAUUGUAGGAGCACUUGAAUUACAUACAGGGCCAAUGAAAUUGGCCUUGUCCAUUGAGGCUAAGGCAUGGAAGAUGUUACUCUGUCGAUAUUUGAAUGAAGAAUAUAAAAAGAAAAUGUCAGACAUGAUUGCAUUUAUUAAUGAAUACUUGAAAAAGUUGUCUAGACCCAUUCGUGAUUUAGAUGAUGUCAGAUUUGCAAUGGAAGCCUUGUCUUGUAUCCGUGAUAAUGAAAUCCAGAUGGAUAUGACCUUGGGACCAAUUGAAGAAGCCUAUGCUAUUUUAAAUAGAUUUGAAGUUGAAGUAACCAAAGAAGAAUCAGAAGCAGUUGAUACCUUGAGAUAUUCUUUCAACAAAUUGCAGAGUAAAGCUGUUUCUGUUCAAGAUGAACUCGUUCAAGUGCAGCCAAAGUUUAAAAGUAGUCUGCUUGAGUCUGUGGAAGUUUUUCGUGAGGACGUGAACAAUUUUGCAGAAGCAUACGAGCUGGAAGGACCCAUGGUUCCAAAUAUACCGCCCCAAGAAGCAAGCAACAGGCUACAGAUAUUUCAGGCGAAUUUUGAUGAUCUCUGGAGGAAAUUUGUUACAUAUUCAUCUGGUGAACAACUUUUUGGAUUGCCUGUGACUGACUAUGAGGUUCUACACAAAACCAAAAAGGAACUCAACUUGCUGCAGAAACUGUAUGGACUAUAUGAUACUGUAAUGGGCAGUAUCAGUGGUUACUACGAAAUACUCUGGGGAGAUGUUGAUAUUGAAAAAAUUAAUGCAGAACUGCAGGAAUUUCAGAACAGGUGUCGUAAACUGCCAAAAGGACUUAAAGAUUGGCAGGCUUUUUUGGAUCUCAAAAAAAGGAUUGAUGAUUUUAGUGAGUCCUGUCCUCUCCUGGAAAUGAUGACCAAUAAGGCGAUGAAACAGAGGCACUGGGAUCGAAUCUCUGAGUUAACUGGAACCCCAUUUGAUGUGGAAUCUGAUACUUUUUGCCUUAGAAAUAUCAUGGAAGCACCACUCCUUAAAAAUAAGGAUGAUAUUGAGGAUAUCUGCAUAUCCGCCAGUAAGGAGAAGGAUAUUGAAGCCAAGCUGACUCAGGUCAUUGAGAAUUGGACCAACCAAAACCUAAGUUUUGCAGCCUUUAAGGGAAAGGGAGAACUCCUACUCAAAGGAACUGAAUCAGGAGAAAUUAUCACUCUGAUGGAAGAUAGUUUAAUGGUCUUAGGGUCCUUACUAAGCAACAGGUAUAAUGCCCCAUUUAAAAAAACUAUACAGAAUUGGGUGUAUAAAUUGUCCACGUCAUCAGAUAUAAUUGAAGAGUGGCUAAUAGUACAGAAUCUUUGGGUUUACCUUGAAGCUGUCUUUGUGGGUGGAGACAUUGCCAAACAGCUGCCUCAGGAAGCAAAACGCUUUCAGAAUAUUGACAAGUCAUGGAUAAAAAUAAUGCAGCGAGCUCACGAGAAUCCCAAUGUGAUUAACUGCUGUGUGGGAGAUGAAACCAUGGGACAGCUUCUACCUCAUUUGCACGAACAGCUGGAAGUGUGUCAGAAGUCACUCACGGGGUAUUUGGAGAAGAAGCGAUUAUUAUUUCCAAGAUUUUUCUUUGUAUCCGAUCCAGUUCUCUUGGAAAUUCUUGGACAAGCCAGUGAUUCCCACACUAUACAGCCUCAUCUGCCUGCUGUGUCCGACAACAUCAAUGAGGUGGCAUUUCACGCAAAAGACUAUGAUCGGAUAUUGGCUGUCAUAUCAAGAGAAGGAGAAAAAAUUGUUUUGGAUAAUUCUGUUAUGGCCAAAGGUCCUGUAGAGAUUUGGCUUUUGGAAUUGUUAAAAAUGCAGAUGUCCUCAUUACAUAACAUCAUCAGAUCUGCGUUCUAUCAGAUCAGUGAUUCGGGUUUUCAACUCUUACCUUUCCUCAACCAUUUUCCAGCACAGGUUGGUCUUCUAGGAAUUCAGAUGUUGUGGACACAUGAUUCAGAAGAGGCUUUAAAUAAUGCAAAAGAUGACAGGAAGAUCAUGCAGGUGACCAAUCAGAAAUUUUUGGACAUUCUGAAUACUCUCAUCAGUCAGACGACACAUGACCUCACCAAGUUUGACAGAGUGAAGUUUGAAACUCUGAUUACCAUCCACGUGCAUCAGAGAGAUAUUUUUGAUGACUUGGUAAAAAUGCAUAUCAAAUCAGCUACUGAUUUUGAAUGGCUAAAACAAAGUAGAUUUUAUUUUAAGGAAGAUUUGGAUCAAACUGUGGUGUCUAUUACAGAUGUUGAUUUUAUUUAUCAGAAUGAAUUUCUGGGAUGCACUGAUCGUCUUGUGAUCACGCCGUUAACAGAUAGAUGCUAUAUCACGUUGGCGCAGGCUUUGGGGAUGAACAUGGGAGGUGCUCCAGCAGGACCUGCAGGCACUGGCAAAACAGAAACCACGAAGGACAUGGGAAGGUGUUUGGGAAAAUACGUGGUUGUGUUCAACUGCUCAGAUCAAAUGGAUUUCAGAGGCCUCGGAAGGAUUUUCAAAGGUCUCGCACAGUCAGGUUCCUGGGGCUGUUUUGAUGAGUUUAACAGAAUUGAAUUGCCUGUACUGUCAGUGGCGGCACAACAAAUUUAUAUUGUUUUGACAGCAAGAAAAGAAAGGAAAAAACAGUUCAUUUUUUCUGAUGGUGAUUGUGUUGAUUUAAAUCCAGAAUUUGGAAUCUUCUUAACCAUGAACCCUGGAUAUGCUGGGCGCCAGGAACUACCAGAAAACUUAAAAAUCCAGUUUAGAACGGUUGCUAUGAUGGUUCCCGAUAGACAGAUCAUUAUGCGAGUUAAACUCGCAAGCUGUGGUUUUCUUGAAAAUGUUAUCCUGGCUCAAAAAUUUUAUGUUCUUUACAAACUCUGUGAAGAGCAACUUACUAAACAGGUUCAUUAUGACUUUGGAUUGAGAAAUAUUCUAUCUGUAUUGAGGACACUUGGAUCUCAAAAAAGAGCCAGACCAGAAGAUAGUGAAUUAAGCACUGUCAUGAGAGGACUGAGAGAUAUGAACCUCUCUAAAUUGAUCGAUGAAGAUGAACCCCUGUUCCUCAGCUUGAUCAAUGACCUGUUCCCAGGAUUGCAGCUGGACAGUAGUACUUAUGUGGAACUGCAAGCUGCAGUAACCAACCAGGUUCAGCUGGAAGGCUUGAUUAACCAUCCGCCCUGGAACCUCAAACUUGUGCAGUUAUAUGAGACGUCUUUGGUACGGCAUGGCUUGAUGACUCUUGGGCCCAGUGGUUCUGGAAAGACAACUGUUAUAACAGUUCUGAUGAAGUCAUUAACAGAAUGUGGACGGCCCCAUAGAGAAAUGCGAAUGAAUCCAAAAGCUAUUACCGCACCUCAGAUGUUUGGCAGACUGGACACUGCUACUAAUGACUGGACAGAUGGGAUUUUUUCUACUCUGUGGAGAAAAACAUUAAAAGCUAAAAAAGGUGAAAACAUUUUCCUCAUUUUAGAUGGCCCCGUGGAUGCCAUUUGGAUUGAAAACUUAAAUUCUGUGUUGGAUGACAAUAAAACUCUCACGUUAGCUAAUGGAGAUCGCAUUCCCAUGGCCCCUAGUUGCAAGCUUUUGUUUGAAGUCCACAAUAUUGAGAACGCCUCUCCUGCCACAGUGUCCAGGAUGGGCAUGGUCUACAUCAGCAGCUCUGCUCUCAGCUGGAGGCCGAUAUUGCAGGCCUGGUUGAAGAAGCGCACUAUUCAGGAAGCUACCACAUUCCAAAAUUUGUAUGAUAAAGCCUUUGAAGAUGCAUAUACAUUUAUGAAGCUAAACCUCAGUCCCAAAAUGCAGCUCUUAGAGUGCAACUAUAUUGUGCAAUCUCUUAAUCUUCUGGAAGGUUUAAUUCCCUCCAAAGAAGAAGGCGGUAUUUCAUGUGUCGACCAUCUUCAUAAAUUAUUCGUAUUUGCCCUAAUGUGGAGUUUAGGAGCCCCUCUGGAACUGGAAAACAGAGAAAAACUGGAAAACUUUUUACGAACUCAUGAAAGCAAGUUAGACUUACCAGAAAUACCUAAAGGCACGAACCAAACCAUGUAUGAAUUUUUUGUUACUGAUUAUGGUGAUUGGGAGCACUGGAACAAGAAGCUGCAGCCGUAUUAUUAUCCAACUGACAGUAUUCCAGAAUACUCAUCCAUCUUGGUUCCAAACGUUGACAAUGUCAGAACCAAUUUUUUGAUCGACACUAUUGCAAAACAGCAUAAAGCUGUUUUGCUCAUAGGAGAGCAGGGAACUGCAAAAACUGUAAUGGUUAAGGCUUAUUUGAAAAAAUAUGAUCCUGAAGUACAGUUAUCCAAAAGUCUGAACUUUUCCUCUGCCACAGAACCAAUGAUGUUUCAGAGAACAAUUGAAAGCUAUGUGGAUAAGCGAAUGGGAAGCACCUAUGGGCCACCAGGAGGAAGAAAAAUGACUGUGUUUAUUGAUGAUAUUAAUAUGCCUGUGAUUAAUGAGUGGGGAGACCAGAUAACUAACGAGAUCGUGCGACAGAUGAUGGAAAUGGAAGGAAUGUACAGUUUGGAUAAGCCUGGAGACUUCACCACUAUUGUUGAUGUGCAGCUCAUAGCAGCCAUGAUCCACCCUGGAGGUGGUCGAAAUGAUAUUCCACAACGUUUAAAAAGACAGUUUACUGUGUUUAAUUGUACCUUGCCUUCAAAUAAUUCAAUAGACAAAAUUUUCGGAGUUAUUGGCUGUGGAUACUUUGAUCCCUGCAGAAAGUUCAAACCUGAAGUAUGUGACAUGAUUUUGAAUUUAGUCUCAGUAGGCAGAGUGCUGUGGCAAUGGACUAAGGUGAAGAUGCUGCCAACUCCUUCUAAAUUUCAUUACAUCUUUAAUCUUCGAGAUCUUUCCAGAAUCUGGCAAGGAAUGUUGACCAUAAAAGCUGAGGAGUGUGAUUCGCUUCCUGUUCUCCUGUCACUUUUCAAACACGAGUGCAAUAGAGUAAUUGCAGACAGAUUUAUAACUCCCGAAGAUGAGCAGUGGUUUAAUGUGCAUCUUAUUCAUGCAAUUGAAGAAAAUAUUGGCUCUGAUGUGGCAUCGUGUAUUCUCCCUGAACCAUACUUUGUGGAUUUUCUCCGUGAGAUACCGGAACCGACUGGUGAUGAACCUGAAGACACUGUGUUUGAAACACCCAAAAUCUAUGAACUGGUACCAUCCUUUGACUUUCUGUCUGAGAAACUCCAGUUUUACCAGAGACAGUUCAAUGAAAUCAUUAGGGGAACAAGUUUAGAUCUGGUGUUUUUUAAAGACGCAAUGACUCAUCUUAUCAAGCUUUUUAGGUCUUACAAUGUGAGUAAUCUAACAGAUGAUUUAAAAGCUUUAUACAAAGUUGCUGGUGGUGAAGGAAAAGGCAUCACCUUCAUCUUUACUGACAAUGAGAUCAAAGAUGAGGCGUUUCUGGAAUACCUUAACAACUUGCUGUCGUCAGGGGAGAUCUCCAAUUUGUUUGCAAGAGAUGAGAUGGAUGAAAUCACCCAAAGUCUGAUAUCAGUGAUGAAAAGGGAGCUGCCUCGACAUCCUCCUACCUUUGAUAAUCUGUAUGAGUACUUCAUUUCAAGGUCGAGAAAGAACUUGCACGUUGUUCUCUGCUUUUCUCCAGUUGGUGAGAAGUUCCGUGCCCGUUCCUUGAAGUUUCCUGGCUUGAUCUCAGGUUGCACUAUGGACUGGUUCAGUCGCUGGCCAAAGGAGGCACUAGUCGCCGUAGCCUCCUAUUUCCUUUCAGGCUAUAACAUUGUCUGCUCCUUGGAAAUUAAAAGACAGGUUGUAGAAACGAUGGGCCUCUUUCAUGACAUGGUUUCAGAGAGCUGUGAAAGUUACUUCCAAAGAUACCGCCGAAGAGCACAUGUGACUCCUAAGUCUUAUCUCUCCUUUAUAAAUGGAUAUAAAAAUAUUUAUGCUGAAAAGGUGAAAUAUAUUAAUGAACAAGCUGAACGUAUGAAUAUUGGUCUUGAUAAGCUUAUGGAGGCAAGUGAAUCCGUUGCUAAACUCUCUCAAGAUCUGGCAGUCAAAGAGAAGGAACUGGCAGUGGCCUCUGUAAAAGCAGAUGAAGUAUUAGCAGAAGUCACAGUGAGUGCUCAGGCUUCAGCCAAAAUAAAAAAUGAAGUACAGGAGGUGAAAGACAAAGCCCAAAAAAUUGUGGAUGAAAUUGACACGGAAAAAGUCAAAGCCGAGUCUAAACUUGAGGCGGCUAAGCCUGCUCUGGAAGAAGCAGAGGCAGCCCUGAAUACUAUCAAACCAAAUGAUAUUGCCACGGUCAGAAAGCUUGCAAAACCCCCACAUCUUAUUAUGAGAAUCAUGGAUUGUGUUUUGCUACUCUUUCAAAAGAAAAUUGACCCUGUUACUAUGGAUCCAGAGAAGCCGUGCUGCAAGCCGUCAUGGGGAGAGUCAUUAAAGUUGAUGAGUGCAACAGGAUUCCUGUGGAGCCUUCAGCAGUUCCCCAAGGACACUAUAAAUGAAGAGACUGUUGAGUUAUUACAGCCGUAUUUUAGCAUGGAUGACUAUUCCUUUGAAAGUGCCAAAAAGGUCUGUGGAAAUGUGGCUGGUCUGCUUUCUUGGACACUGGCUAUGGCAACAUUUUAUGGCAUAAAUAAGGAAGUGUUGCCUCUAAAGGCUAACCUGGCCAAGCAGGAAGGCCGCUUAUCCGUGGCUAAUGCUGAGUUGGGGAAGGCUCAGGCACUGCUGGAUGAAAAACAAGCCGAGCUGGAUAAAGUACAAGCAAAAUUUGAUGCAGCGAUGAAUGAGAAAAUGGAUUUGCUUAACGAUGCUGAUAUGUGCCGGAAGAAGAUGCAGGCAGCCUCCGCUCUCAUCGACGGGCUGAGCGGAGAGAAAGUCCGAUGGACCCAGCAAAGUAAGGAGUUCAAAGCUCAGAUUAAUAGGCUUGUGGGUGAUAUUCUGCUGUGCACGGGAUUCCUUUCCUACCUUGGUCCUUUCAAUCAGAUAUUCAGGAACUAUUUGCUUAAAGACCAAUGGGAGUUAGAAAUGAGAGUGCGGAAAAUUCCUUUCACUGAAAACCUGAACCUUAUCUCAAUGUUGGUGGAUCCCCCAACUAUUGGUGAGUGGGGUCUGCAGGGAUUGCCAGGAGAUGAUCUCUCAAUUCAGAAUGGCAUUAUUGUGACAAAGGCCACCAGGUACCCACUCCUCAUAGACCCACAAACUCAAGGCAAGACUUGGAUCAAAUCAAAGGAAAAAGAAAAUGAUCUGCAGGUGACAUCUCUGAACCAUAAAUAUUUCCGCACGCACUUGGAGGACAGCCUUUCCUUAGGCCGACCCCUUCUCAUUGAGGACAUUCGCGAGGAGCUGGAUCCAGCCUUGGAUAAUGUAUUAGAAAAGAAUUUCAUUAAAUCAGGCACCACCUUCAAGGUGAAAGUUGGUGACAAGGAAUGCGAUGUCAUGGAUACAUUUAAACUUUAUAUUACUACAAAGUUACCAAACCCUGCCUUUACCCCUGAGAUUAAUGCUAAAACGUCAGUCAUUGACUUUACUGUUACUAUGAAAGGACUUGAGAAUCAGUUACUAAGGAGAGUAAUUCUAACAGAGAAACAGGAGUUAGAAUCUGAGCGGGUUAAACUUUUAGAGGACGUUACUUUUAAUAAGCGGAAGAUGAAAGAACUUGAAGAUAACCUCCUUUAUAAAUUAAGUACUACAAAAGGUUCACUGGUAGAUGAUGAAUCUCUCAUUGGUGUCCUCCGCACUACCAAACAGACAGCGGCUGAAGUGAGUGAAAAGUUACACGUGGCCGCAGAAACCGAGGUCAAGAUCAACACGGCUCAGGAGGAGUUCCGGCCGGCAGCCACCCGCGGUAGCAUCCUCUACUUCCUCAUCACGGAGAUGAGUAUGGUCAACAUCAUGUACCAGACCUCGCUGGCCCAGUUCUUGAAGUUGUUUGACCAGUCAAUGGCCAGAUCUGAAAAGUCUCCGCUACCUCAAAAGAGAAUCACAAAUAUUAUUGAGUAUCUGACAUAUGAAGUUUUUACAUACUCGGUCAGGGGCCUAUACGAAAACCACAAAUUCCUUUUCGUGCUCCUCAUGACCUUAAAGAUUGAUCUUCAGAGAGGAACAGUGAAGCACAGAGAGUUUCAGGCUCUCAUCAAAGGGGGAGCAGCUCUGGAUCUGAAAGCCUGCCCUCCCAAGCCCUUUCGCUGGAUCCUCGACAUGACUUGGUUGAAUCUUGUGGAGCUGAGCAAACUGCCACAAUUUGCAGAAAUCAUGAACCAGAUAUCUCGUAAUGAGAAGGGGUGGAAAAGCUGGUUUGAUAAAGAUGCUCCAGAGGAGGAGAUUAUCCCUGAUGGAUAUAAUGAUUCACUAGAUACUUGCCGGAAACUUCUACUUAUCAGGUCUUGGUGCCCAGACCGUACUGUCUUUCAAGCAAGAAAGUAUAUUGCAGAUUCUUUGGAGGAGAAGUACACAGAACCAGUUAUCUUAAAUCUGGAGAAGACCUGGGAAGAAAGUGACACCCGAACCCCUCUGAUAUGUUUCCUGUCCAUGGGGUCUGAUCCCACCAUUCAGAUUGAUGCGUUGGCCAAGAAACUGAAACUGGAAUGUAGAACUAUCUCCAUGGGGCAAGGACAAGAAGUACAUGCCAGGAAGCUGAUUCAGAUGUCAAUGCAACAGGGUGGUUGGGUAUUGCUACAAAAUUGUCAUCUUGGCCUGGAAUUCAUGGAAGAGUUACUGGAGACGCUAAGUACCAUUGAAGCCAAUGACGAUUCUUUCCGGGUGUGGAUAACUACGGAGCCUCAUGACCGAUUUCCAAUUACAUUGCUCCAGACUUCCCUCAAGUUCACUAAUGAGCCACCCCAAGGUGUACGCGCAGGUUUGAAAAGAACAUUUGCUGGAAUUAAUCAAGACCUCCUGGACAUCAGUAAUUUGCCCAUGUGGAAGCCGAUGCUUUACACAGUAGCCUUUUUACACUCCACUGUGCAGGAGCGACGAAAAUUUGGUCCCUUAGGAUGGAACAUUCCCUAUGAAUUCAAUUCUGCUGACUUUUCAGCCAGUGUUCAGUUUAUUCAGAAUCACCUUGAUGAAUGUGAUAUUAAAAAAGGCGUAUCGUGGAGUACGGUUCGGUACAUGAUUGGAGAAGUGCAAUAUGGAGGCAGAGUGACAGACGACUUUGAUAAACGUCUACUCAAUUGCUUUGCUAGGGUCUGGUUCAGCGAGAAGAUGUUUGAACCAACAUUCUGCUUUUAUACUGGAUAUAAAAUCCCUGUGUGUAAAACUUUGGACCAGUAUUUUGAAUACAUCCAGUCUUUGCCAUCCCUGGAUAACCCCGAAGUCUUUGGACUGCACCCUAAUGCUGAUAUCACGUAUCAGAGUAACACUGCUUCUGCUGUUCUUGAUACAAUUACCAACAUUCAACCCAAAGAGAGUGGAGGUGGUGUGGGAGAGACCCGGGAAGCCAUCGUUUACAGAUUAUCUGAAGAUAUGCUGAGCAAACUGCCCCCUGACUAUAUCCCUCAUGAGGUGAAAGCUCGUUUGAUAAAGAUGGGACAUCUUAAUUCAAUGAACAUCUUUCUUAGACAAGAAAUUGACAGAAUGCAAAAAGUCAUUUCAAUACUUCGCAGUAGCCUGAGUGAUCUAAAAUUGGCCAUUGAAGGAACGAUCAUUAUGAGUGAGAACUUGAGAGACGCCCUGGACAACAUGUAUGAUGCUCGCAUACCUCAGAUGUGGAAGAGAGUGUCCUGGGAUUCGUCCACACUGGGCUUCUGGUUUACUGAACUGUUGGAAAGAAAUGCUCAGUUUGCUGUUUGGAUAUUUGAAGGAAGGCCUAAUGUGUUUUGGAUGACUGGUUUCUUUAAUCCCCAAGGCUUCCUCACAGCAAUGAGGCAAGAAGUGACUCGUGCCCACAAAGGCUGGGCACUGGACACUGUGACCAUCCACAACGAAGUUCUGCGACAGACCAAGGAAGAGAUCACCACACCCCCUGCGGAAGGUGUGUACAUCUAUGGGCUGUACAUGGACGGAGCGGCCUGGGACAGACGGAAUGGGAAGCUCACAGAAUCCACCCCCAAGGUGCUCUUCACGCAGCUGCCUGUGCUGCACAUCUUUGCCAUCAACUCCACGGCGCCCAAGGACCCCAAGCUGUAUGUGUGUCCUAUUUAUAAGAAACCCAGGCGCACUGACUUGACUUUCAUCACUGUGGUGUAUUUGCGAACAGUGCUGUCCCCAGAUCACUGGAUCCUGAGAGGAGUGGCCCUUUUGUGUGAUAUCAAAUAGGUUCAUUUCCAUCUGCUGGGGGCACCAGGAGCCACAUUGACCGCUCAUGCUGUUGAGAGACUCUAUGAUGGGGGUGUGUGUCUUUUCUCCCUGAUUACAGCUUGCUUACUCUUUCUAAAUUAAAAAGCUGAUGCUCUAAAAUUGCCUGUGUGUGUAUUUUCUUCUCAUAUCAAUAUUCAAAAAGUUGUUUCUAAAUUGGUGCUUUUUAAUCCAGAAAAUCAUAUUCCAUUCUAAUUACUUGAUAAAGUCCAACCUUGACGUUAUAACACUUUGGAAGGUUUGAAUUUUAAAAAUCUGUAACAACAUAGUGGCAUGUUUGUAUCCUAAAAGAAACUCUAGCAGAUAAAAUAAAUUUCCCUCUAAUAAAAACUACUUUCCCUCAGAUAAAAUCUGCCCAUGUCU